UUUUCUCCAGAUUUUAUCUCAUGGAUAUCAUUCAGCGGUUUCCCUGGAGAUUAUAAUCGUGAUGUCUAAAGCUUAGAGAGAAAGGUUUUCUCAGGCCCUUAGACCAGUGCUCUGGGCUGGCGGAGUGACAUCAUAUGGAGCAACGGCACCAGCACUAGUGACAGUUGGCUCUCUACCGGCCAGCAUUGUUUUCCUAACUUUGGUGAAAUCCUCCUUGAUAAACAAAAUCAAAGCUCACAUUCCCCCGAUAUGAGGCUCCAGUUUCCCAGACGGCCUUGCUGUCUCAACAAUCAUCCUCAUAAGAGUUGCAUCGUCUUUAAACCCUUCGUGGCAAUCCCUGAUGCCUAGGAAAGACACCAAGACCUUUGGCUUGACUUGGUGGCAGCAGCAGCAGCAGCAGCAGUGACAGCGGUGGCCAUAAUCCAAUAUUCAACAUCCAGCAUCACAAUUCAUCAAAGCAUAAGAAAACAAUGUCACUUGCUUGACAGAAUGGUACAGAUUGUGGGCAUUUUGAAGAACCAUUGUCAAGUUUAUUUCAGCAUCAGCAUGUCUCCCUCAUGAGAAAAUAUACAUGACUAUUUUUGACAGACACUGGACCUGUCUUCCUGUAGUGAUUCUUUCUGAGUCUCUGGGCUUUAAGAUGAAUUGCCCCUGUGCAUCAGAUGUUAGAUAUUUCUUUAACAGCUGAGGUCUGAACUCUAGGUCUUACCGAAAGGUUGCCACAGCAUUUCCCAUUGGCCAGUAUAGGUAAAUGGACCUGGAAGCAGAGCUGUUGUCUGUCCUGAAUAUGUCCACUUCAUCACCAAGCCACAGCCUCUUUUGAGUAUCACGGGGCCUUGGCAAACCACGUGUUGCUGUACUCCUCCCACCUCUUCUGACUCAAUAGUUUCCAUGUUGAAAAAAAUGAAUUCUCCUGAUAAAGAUCGCCACCUAGAAGAACAAAUAUUCAGUGGGAAAAUGAAUUUAUCUUGUCAGAGAGGAGUGAAAUUUUGUGACUUGGACAAGUCAAAGGACCUGUACAGAUAAUUCUAAAGAGAAAGAACAAGGAAUAAAAUUUUGAACUACAAAGAGCAUUUUGAAGAACCAUUGUCAAGUUUAUUUCAGCAUCAGCAUGUCUCCCUCAUGAGAAAAAUACAUUACUAUUUUUGACAGACACUGGACCUGUCUUCCUGUAGUGAUUCUUUCUGAGUCUCUGGGCUUUAAGAUGAAUUGCCCCUGUGCAUCAGAUGUUAGAUAUUUCUUGAACAGCUGAGGUCUGAACUCUAGGUCUUACCGAAAGGUUGCCACAGCAUUUCCCAUUGGCCAGUAUAGGUAAAUGGACCUGGAAGCAGAGCUGUUGUCUGUCCUGAAUAUGUCCACUUCAUCACCAAGCCACAGCCUCUUUUGAGUAUCACGGGGCCUUGGCAAACCACGUGUUGCUGUACUCCUCCCACCUCUUCUGACUCAAUAGUUUCCAUGUUGAAAAAAAUGAAUUCUCCUGAUAAAGAUCGCCACCUAGAAGAACAAAUAUUCAGUGGGAAAAUGAAUUUAUCUUGUCAGAGAGGAGUGAAAUUUUGUGACUUGGACAAGUCAAAGGACCUGUACAGAUAAUUCUAAAGAGAAAGAACAAGGAAUAAAAUUUUGAACUACAAAGAGCAUUUUGGAGAACCAUUGUCAAGUUUAUUUCAGCAUCGGCAUGUCUCCCUCAUGAGAAAAUAUACAUGACUGUGACCGACACUGGACCUGUCUUCCUGUAGUGAUUCUUUCUGAGUCUCUGGGCUUUAAGAUGAAUUGCCCCUGUGCAUCAGAUGUUAGAUAUUUCUUGAACAGCUGAGGUCUGAACUCUAGGUCUUACCGAAAGGUUGCCACAGCAUUUCCCAUUGGCCAGUAUAGGUAAAUGGACCUGGAAGCAGAGCUGUUGUCUGUCCUGAAUAUGUCCACUUCAUCACCAAGCCACAGCCUCUUUUAAGUAUCACGGGGCCUUGGCAAACCACGUGUUGCUGUACUCCUCCCACCUCUUCUGACUCAAUAGUUUCCAUGUUGAAAAAAAUGAAUUCUCCUGAUAAAGAUCACCACCUAGAAGAACAAAUAGUCAGUGGAUGAGAGAAGAGACCGCCGGAACCUGAAAGAAACAGACCGGAUAAACAGUUCUCUGCACCCAAAUCCCGUGGGAGGGAGAGCUAAACCUUCAGAGAGGCAGACAAGCCUGGGAAACCAGAAGAGACUGCUCCCUGCACACACAUCUCGGACGCCAGAGGAAAAAGCCAAAGACCAUCUGGAACCCUGGUGCACUGAAGCUCCCGGAAGGGGCGGCACAAGUCUUCCUGGUUGCUGCCGCUGCAGAGAGCCCGUGGGCAGCACCCCACGAGCGAACUUGAGCCUCGGGACCACAGCAGGAGGUGUGUCCCAGAUCAAAGGUAUGUACCACCAUCAUACCUGGAUCAGAGACUUGCUUUGUGCCAGAUGAUCUUGAAUGCAGAGAUCUCCUUUCCUUAGUCUCCUGGGAUUCAUAGCCACAAUGCCACAAUGUCUUCAUGCCAAGAUCCAGAAACUUUGCAGUUUUUUGACGUCCAAUUUUUUGAUUCUUGAUCAUAAAGUUGCCUCAGAAGAGCAGCAUUUGCAGUUUGCAGCUUUUUAAAAGACUGAACAGAGAGGCAGUUAUUCUAAAACAAAUAUACUCAAUUGUAAAUAUGAAGGAAGGAAAAGAGUAAUUGUGUCGUAUGUAGGAUGCUCUGAAAAUAAAAUGAAAGAAUGUGUACUGAAAUUAUUGCUUGAAAUAUUUACCCAAGUCAGAAAAAAAGAUAAAUCUAAAUUGAAUAUGAAGCAGCAGUAUGUCGCCCUCAUGAGAAAAUAGGCAUGACUAUUUUUCUCCCACGCUGGACUCGUCUUCCUGUAGUAAUAUUUGAGGAGUAUUGUGCUAAAUCUUCUUUGAAAAUAUGGUAAAAUUCUGUGUCUAAUCCACGUGGCCCAUGAGAUUUUUGGGGCAUAUUUUACCAAAUGUGAUGAUCCUGUGUAUAUAUGUGAAAACCAGAAGAUGUCAUUGUUUUGGACUAAGGACAUGGACCUUGGAUAAUAAUCCUGCUCUUGCAUCAAAUUCCCUAGCAGCCAAAUUAGGUCAAAACCCUGUUGCUUCAAUCUGAAGUUCUCUUGCUCCUGACAUUUCCAGUCUCUGUAUUUGACAGUAACAAACAUCGAUACGGUGAAUGACAUAAUCAGAAGUUCCUACCAGUGGUGAGAAAACAUAACAUUGAAGAUUAUCAGCUGUGGUUCUGUCCUGGCCAUGGGAAAGUUCCAAGAGCACUCCAAGGGCAUGAGUGUCCACAUGAUAUUCUGAUGAUAAAUGUUCCAAAGAACUUCAGUCCACAAGAAUUAAGACAUCUUACAAUGAUAAUUCCCUACUUCAUCUGUUCAAGAUAUAUCUAAAAUCUGAUGCGCAGGGGCAAUUCAUCUUAAAGUCCAGAGACUUAGCAGGAAGCCAGCAGCAAAAAAUAUAAAGAGAAAACGUCUUAAGAAACAAAGAACUUCUAUAACAUCGUGGUGGUACAGGGUCUCUGUGCCCCACCCGGACAAAGUAUGCACCAUCCCAAGAGUUAAUGAGGGAGAAAAACUGUUUGGAAGAGAACUUAUUUCCAUUUAUCAUGAUGGCAACCUGCCAUCGGCAGGUUCUCGGCAAUUCUGGACAUGCUGUUCCUACUAAAAAGGAAAGGGUAUACCCACAAUCAAGGGUACGUUUACAGUAUCUCUGAGUGUAACCUUGUGCCAAACAGAAAAGGACAAAUUGGAUUCAGAAGAAGAGAUAACCAAACAAUCUGUUUAUGUAGUGGCAUGCAUCUUUAAGGUAGGGAAAGUCCUUCCAUCAUCCAUCCUCAGGAUUUCUCUGAGUCUAUGGGAGUAGUGUUCUUCCUUUUGCAUUCCCUUGAGUGACAGUAAAUAGGUAUGAGAUAAAUCUGGUAAGCUCAAAUCUCCACUGUUAGUGUUAAUAACUUGAAUGAUGUUUUGCUUAGGAAUUUUUUAAGCAAUGCUAUUCUUGGGCUAUCAAAGGUGAACCCUACCCUCAUUUCUCGGAGACCCAAUCUCAAAGCAAAUGUUACUAUACUCCGGUGUACAAUCUUUCUGAUUCUCUUUACACCUGUUUGGAGACCACAGUUCGGGACUUAGUAUGUGUAUGUACAAACUGAGGCUCAGUGUCACAAGGUAUUUUUUUCUUUGGAACUUGAAUAGCUGUAGUUUUUAAUAGUAGUCUCCAUCCAUUGCAAAGAGAACAUUUUUGAUGGGUCAGGGCUAUAUUAUCUGUGAAUAUUAAGUUAAAUAUUUAUAAUAGAGUUAGGAGUCACACUUGUUUAGUGAAAUAGGGGCAGGACGUUCUCUAAGAACCAGACCACAUGUGCCUCCAUGCUUCCAGUACCAGACAUGGCUUUGUGCUCCUGAGAAAUCAGAUAAGAGUUCCUAUGGUUGUCUUUGUUGUGGUUACCAUAAUGGUAUGUUUCUAUCAUUUAAAAAGCGUAUUUAAGCUGAAGUAUUGAUCACGUAUAUGUGUUAGUUUGCUCAGCCGUCCACUAGCGGAAUGCUGAUCUAAGAAAAGGUUUUUCUAUAGUCAAAAUAAAUCUGAAAAUCUACGCUUUGAUUUCUGGUUUAAAUUGAUGAAACUUACUGGACAUAUAUUUCAGGGAAUGUUCUACUUAGGGGAAAUUUUGGGAGCUGUGAAGAAAAUUGGAACUAAACUGAAAUUUACAGAAGAAUGUACUUUGAACAAUUUUCAUGAUUAAAUUUUUCCACAAAAUAUUUUUCCUCCCUUUAUAAGAACUUCCUACAAAACAUUGAAGGAAUUCUGAUGACUUCAGAACUCUAUGAUGAGUGGAUUGUUGUAACCAAAAAGGUCAAUGACUACGAGAAAUUAGACACAGUGCAGAGGUAAUUGUUGGCAAACUGUGUGAACAACAUCAACAAAAUAGAAGUAGUAUUUGCUUACACACACUAGAAAUAAUAUAUCACAGAAAUAUUUACUAAAAACAUUGACAGGUAGCAAAAGGUUUCAAUUGUUCACAAACACACAAGACACUUUCAAAAGAGAAGUGUGAGUUACAGUGGGAAUUAGAGUAGCCCUGGCUUAUUAUCCUACUGCCACAUUCCAAUUAGAUUUGUCUUUUUUUCUGAAUUGGAUAAAUAUUUCAAGUAAUAAUUUGAGUAAAAAUUCUUUCAUUUUAUUUUCAGAGCAUCCAGCAAUCGAUCCAAUUACUCUGUUCCUUUCAUUCAUAUUUAGAAAUUGAGUAUACUUGUUUCAAAAUAACUGUCUCUGUGUUCAGUCUUUUAGAAAAACUGUCAACUGCAAAUGCUGCUAUUCUGAGGCAACCUUUUCGAAUAUUAUAUGAAAUUAAAAGUAAUUCUUCUGUUAAUGAAAUGUCUUCUUACCAUCUAUCUGUUUGGAUAGCCCCAUGUCUCUCAUUCAUGCCCAGCUCUUCCAAUAAUGGAGGGACAAAUGAUAUUGCCAAAAAGAUUCAGAGAAACAUGAAGGCAAUGUAUAUACCAACCCACCAGUACCUUCUCAAAAUCCACCACAACCAACAAAGAAAUGUUUGUUUGGGAAAUCUCUUAUGAGUAUUUUUGAAGACAAAAAGUUGCCUGGUUCAAUAUUUAAAAAGUUAAAAAUAAGAAGUGGACAGACAGCCGCCAGUAUCCAUGAUUCUGGACCGUGCCCAGGACCGAACUGAACCGGCCAAACAGCUCCCUGCACCCGAAUCCAGUGGAAGAGAAAGCUGGACCCUCAGAAGCGUGGACACUCCUGAGAAGUCAGAGGAGACUACCCUCUACUCACAGUGCAGACCCAAGAGGGAACUGCAUAGUGCCAACUGUGCCCGCUGGGUGCAAGGACCUAGGAGCAAUCAGGGGCAGGACCCAUUGACGACAUCUCCAGAAUAUCGCUGACACACCUGAGAACAGAGUGUAGUGUCUGAAUGCAUACGAAAGAGGCUUCAAUGUUCAUUUGAUUUCAGAUAGAUUCCAAGAGGCAAUGUUUCCCUGAAUCCCCAACAUUCAAAGGCACAUAGAUUUAGUAACAUACACAGAGGACUUUGGGGAAGCUUAUCUGUAUGUUUACCUAAAGAGAGAUGUGUUCAAAUGAUUUAAUAAACCUGUGGCUAGUUCUGGCUCACAAUUGGAUCAUACAUAGAGCCCAUCGUGGUGGGAAGGCAUGACGGGGAACACGAGGCAGCUGGUCACACUGCUCUGCACUCAGUCAGAAGUCAGAUAAAAUUGAUGUGUUUGCAGAACCUGAGAAGUCCCAAAAUGUUCAUGAUUAAAUUUUCCAAAUACUUUUCUGCUUCACAGUCUGCUGCCGUCAUUAAGCUCCUGUGCUUUUCUGAAAUGACAGGUUUGGAGACAAAUGCUGGAAACUAUGGAAAUACAUAUAUGAAAUAGGUUUCUUCACUGAAAAAAUGAGCCAACUGAAUCCAAAUCAGGAGUAUAAAACUACAGGGAGAGAAAUAGAAUGCACAUGUCACUCUGCCAGCUGGCAUGAGCCUUAGAAUAUUGACAUCACAAUGGUUCUUCAGCCUGACAACUACAGAAUCCUCAGACUUCAGUUGCUUUCUAGACACUGCAGUAACCAGUUUGGUGUUUAGCGGCAGGAAGGCGAACGGAAAUUUCACAUUGUUCGAUAAAUUCUUCAUAGCAGGCUCGUCUAAAAAGGUGGAGUCCUGUAUGAAGAGAAUUCUUUUUUUUUCAACAUGGAAAUGAUUGAGGAGGAAGAUGUGGGAGAAGAAAAUCAAGCCAUGGUUUGCCAAGGUGCCGUGGUUUUCCGAAGAGGAUGGAAAAGAAAUAAACGAUAUCUCACACUGCUCAGUGAUGUUUUGGUUGUCUCCAGUAAACUAAACAAGAAGAAGUUUAAGGUAAAACAUAUCAUUCCAUUGACUUACCUGUGGCUUGGUGAUGAAACAGACAUAUUCAGGACAGACAACAGCCCUGCUUCCAAGACCAUUUACCUAUAUUGGCCAAUGGGAAAUGCUGUUGGCACCUUUCGUUCCAUGGAAGAGACCAUUUGGUGGAACUUCUUUCUACAAAGAUCCAUACGAGAUGCGAAGAAGCAGAACAAAAUAGAUUUAUCCCUGCAGAUAUCCACUGAAGACAUUGCAGGCUGUGACACUCCUCUAUAUGUAAAAGCUACAAACUUCGAUACAGUGAAUGACAUAAUGAGCAAGUUACUACCAAUGAUGAGAAAACAUAACAUUGAAGAUCAUCAACUGUGGUUCUGUCCUCACCCUGGGGAAGCUCCAAGAGCACUCCAAGGAAAUGAGUAUCCACAUGACAUUAUAAUGAUAAAUAUUCAAAAGAACUUCAGUUCACGGGACUUAAGGAAUUUUACAUCUUUCCCUUCCCUACCUGGGCUGAUCAUGAAAUAUCUAAACUCUGAUGCACAGGGGCAAUUCAUCUUAAGGCCCAGAAACUCAGCCAGAAGUCAACAGCACAAAAAUAUGAAGGAAAAGACUCUUAAGAAACAAAGAACUUCUAAAUCAUCGUGGUGGCACAGGAGCUGUGAGCCCCACCCUGACCAAGUAUGCACCACCCCAAAAGUUAAUAAUGGAGGAAAACUGUUUGGAAGAGAACUCAGUUCAAUUUGUAAGGAUGGCAACCUGCCCUUGGCAAUUCUGGACAUGCUGUCCCUACUAAAAAGGAAAGGGCACACAACCGAGGGUGUUUUUAUAAUACGUCCGAGUAUAACAAUGUGCCAAACAAUAAAAGACAAAUUGGAUUCAGAAGAAGAGGUGGACAUGAACAAGCUAUCAGUGCAUGUCGUGUCGUGGAUCUUUAAGGACUUCCUACAAAACAUUGAAGGAAGUCUGAUGACUUCAAAACUGUAUGAUGAGUGGAUUGCUGUAACCAAAAAAGUCGAUGACGAGGAGAAAUUAGCUGAAGUGCAGAGUCUUUUAGAUAAACUGCCACCUGCAAAUGCUGUGCUUCUGAGGCAACUUUUUCAAAUAUUAUAUGAAAUAAAAAGUAAUUCUUCUGUUAAUGAAAUGUCUUCAUACCAUCUAUCUGUUGGGAUAGCUCCAUGUCUCUUAUUCAUGCCCAGUUACUGCAAUAACGGAGGGACAAAUGAUAUUCCCAAAAAGAUUUCUCUGGUAACAUUUAUGAUCGAAAACACUCCAAAAAUUUUUGGAGAGGACGUGGUUGCAGUGUCAUAUGAAACAUCCCUAACUCAUCCUCCCGGAGCAAAGUCCUCAUGUUCCCAGGACACUUCAGCAAAUACCAGAAACGUGAAGAAAACCAAACAUGGACUCAGCAGCUGCCCCACUGAGAGGACAUGCCCUCCUGACUAUAAUGCACUGCCAGGAAGUCCAGCUGCCCCUCUUCCCUGUGAAGACAUUCUAGAUUCAGAGAAAAAUGAAGGCAAUGCAUAUACCAACCAAACAAUACCUUUGCUUAGUCUACCACAAGCACCAAAGAAAUGUUUGUUUGGCAAAUCUCUUGUGAGAAUUUUUGAAGGCAAAAGCCUGCCUACUCCAAUAUUUGAUAUGUUAUCCAUAAUUGCAGAGAAGGGACAAGAUUCCGAUCACAUAUUUAAUACGGUAUCUGAAAUUUCACACUGGUCCCUGAGGGACAGGAUUGAAAAUGACGAACACAUAAACUGGCACGAAGAAGACGUUCUAGUUAUAGCAUCCGUAUUAAUGGACUUCAUUAGGAACAUUAAAGGAAGCUUACUUACUUCUGAUUUAUAUGAAGAUUGGCUUACCAUCAUGGAAGAAGGAACUCUGGUUGGAAGAAUUACUGCCAUCCAAAGACUUACACGACAGAUGCCCGAACCAAACUUUCUUUUACUACAAUAUGUCAUUUGUGUAUUAGUAAUGAUAAGUGACUCUUCGAUGAAUAAUUUAGACUCUCACACAUUAUCUCUCCGCAUAGCUCCGUCUGUGCUAUGUGGUCAGCCUGCAAGUGACACACUAUAUGGGGAUUCUGCCUCAAGAAAGAUAUCUGUUAUAAAAAUGAUGAUUGACCACUACCUUGAAAUAUUUGGAAAUGAUAAUCUAUUUUCUAAACAUAUUGACGAAAGGUCUGAUGAUCUAAAGAUGUAUAUAGAUUUAAUCUUCUCUAAGGGCAAAUCUCCUAUUAUGAAAAAAGUCAUUGUUGGCCCCAAUGGGACAACCUGCAGUAAUGAUGAAAAAGUAAAUAUUUCAAAUGCUGCUCUGCAGGAAGAAAGUCCUACAGGUUCAGAGAAACAUGAACACACUGUAUCUACUAUUCCCUCAAUACUGUCUCCAAAUCGACUACGAUCUAGGAAGAAAAGUUUGUUUGGCCAACCUCUUACAAGUAUUUUUGAAGACAAUAAGCUGCCUACUCCAAUACUAGAUAUGAUAUCUAUAAUUGCAGAAAAAGGACAGAGUUCUGAUUAUUUAUUCAGAACUAUAUCUGAAAAUUCACACUGUUCCCUGAGGGACAAGAUUGACACAGAACAACCUAUCAACUGGAAUGACGAAUGUGUGCUGGUUGUAGCUUCAGUCUUAAAGGACUUUAUUACAAAUAUAGAUGGAAGCCUACUUACUUACAAUUUAUAUGAAAAUUGGCUUACCGUCCCAGAAGAAGAAACUCUGGCUGGACAAAUUAGUGCCAUUCAAAGCCUUCUACAACAGAUACCAGAUCCAAACUUUAUACUACUGAAAUAUCUCAUUUGUCUAUUAGUAAUAAUAAAAGACUCACCCUUGAAUAAGCUAGAUACUAAAAGGUUAUCGAUCCGCCUUGCUCCACAUGUCUUAUGGGGUUGGACUUCUAGCGACUCAUUAUUUGGGAAAGUUGUCUCAAGAAAGAUAUCUCUUAUGGAAAUUAUGAUUGACAACUACAUUCAAAUAUUUGAAAAUGAUAAUAGAUAUUGUAUCCAUAUUGAGAAAAGGUCUGCUGUGAUAAAGAAAUCUGAUCAUUUCAUAAAUUCUGGUGUGAAAUCAACUAUUAUGGAAAAAAUCAUCGGUGGACUCAAUAGGAAAACCUGUUACAAUAAUGAAAUUUAAAUAUUUCAUAUACAGCUCUGCAGGAGGAAGGUCCUAUAGCAGGAGAAAACAGAAGAACUACCACAUAUAAGUUAUAGAGGAUGAUGGGAAGAUGUUCUAAGGUCAUUCUAUUUUCAUGUUCCUGUCUACCGCCCACUUAAUUGUAGCAGAAGAUAUUAUUACAAGAUCCUACUUCUGCUUUAUAUUUCACCAUAUUAUUUACAAAUAAUUUUCCCUCAUUAAACUUAUUUUAUUCUGCAUAUUAUAUAUUGUUUUCUAUUAUAAUAAAUGUUAUUAAAUUGUUUUAUUGCUUACACUGCAA